UCGCAAACCAACUAUGAUAGUUUCAUACGCUGGUAUGUUGGGCUGCAUGUUCGGUGUCACUUACAGUACUUCUGUUGAAAUGUACAUGGCGUUUCGUGCUGGCACCGCAGCGUUUCAGUAUGGAUCAGCGAUUGGGACAUUUGUUUAUAUAAUGGAGAUAUGUGGGUACAAAUGGAGAGCUAUAUUCGGACUGACGUACCAGUGCUUUUAUAGCAUCGGGUAUAUGAGUUUAUCUGGCGUUGCUUAUAACUGGAGAGAUUGGCAUGAAACUAUGUUUGUAUGCACAAUAUUGAGUCUUCCUUUUUUACUGUUUGCCAUGAUAAUUCCUGAGUCACCACGAUGGCUUUUCACCAAAGGAAAAGAUGGGCCCGCGACCAAGACAACAUUAAGAAUGGCAAAGUUUAAUGGGGUUCGUUUAACUGAAGAAGAUUGGCAACGAGCAGAUGUCGCAGAUGAAAAAAUACAACCUGACGAGAAUUUCAACGAACGAAAAUAUUCUUCAAUUGAUUUGUUUAAACAUCCAGGUAUUCGAUUGACGACAGUUAAAAUCAUGUUUAACUGGUUCGUCAACAGCUUUGUGUUUUAUGGCAUCUCGUUGAAUGCUGGAGCAUUGGCUGGUGACAUUUUUGUUAACAACACUCUAAACGGUGUCAUGGGAAUGGGAUCUAAUAUAUUCUGCAUGCUGGUGAUGGAUAAAAUAGGUAGAAGAUUAUUGCUUACUCUCAUGCUCUUACUCGCUGGUUGUGGCCUCUUGACAAGCGCAAUCAUCAACGAAUUCAAGGGAGAUGACCACGGGUUGGAAACACUUGGUCUCGUUUUCGCUUUUGCUGCAAAAUGUGGAAUAUCCGGUUCGUUCAGUGUUAUCUAUAAUUUUACAGCGGAACUGUAUCCUACUGUGGUCAGGAGCAAUGGUAUCGGCAUGGGGUCACUGAGUGCACGCAUCGGUGGAAUCGUCGCCCCUUUCGUUAUUUCAUUACAAGAUUACGUUUCUUGGCUUCCAAACGUGAUAUUUGGUUCUUUAGGGGUGAUUGCCGGUCUCAGCGCUUUGACAUUCCAAGAAACAAAUGGAGAUACGAUGAUGGAAACAUUAGAAGAAGCAGAAAUAUUUUACAAAACAGGAAAACUACCCAAAGCAAAGUCGCUUGAUAAAGAAAACAAGUCGGGCUUUAACACCGAUUCGUCAUGUGAUCUGAAAGACAUGAAUAUUUUUACUAAGUUGUGAAUUCGUAGUAUUUUUGUCUGCGAUUUAAUUUUUAAAGCCUCAUGAGCAUUAUCGCUUUGGAAUAACAUAUGUUGUGUUUUCGCAUGAGCUAUUACUUUUAUUAUAAGAAUGAAUGAAUGAAUGAAAUUUA